GCGCUUCACAGCUAUUAGUUUGUUUGCCUCCAUUACAACAGCAACACCUCAGGCUGUGGAAGAAGUGACCCCAGUCAGGAGAGCAGGAGCUACCCUCUUUGCAGCCACAUUACUCCACUUCAAAUAUUUCCCAUUUCUAAAGUGGGGAAGCAGAUAUGUCACUUACUCUAAGUAAAAGAGAAAAUGAUAAGGAGGAUGACAUUACAUCAUUUACUCUAAGUAAGAGAGAAAAUGAUAAGGAGGACAAGUUUGAAGACGCCUAUGAAUUUAUCCCUGUGGCAACAACAAUGAAUCUGAUAUCUUCCCUGGAAGAAUGCACAACUGGACUGUAUUUAUUUCUAAAUAACAGAUUCUCAGAUGCCAUAAAUCUCAUUCAUCCAUGGUCAAAAAACAGCAUAUACCAUGCUCUAAUUUAUGAUAUCCUCAUGGUUGUCAAGGCCAUCUUGACUUUUGAUCCACAGGAUAUACAGACUGGAAUGACUGCUGCACAGGAAGCUGUGAAAACUUGUAACAGUUUCCGAAGAAAAUCUAGGAUGAUGAGUUUGCCUCAUCUAGUGAGUAAACAGGGAAUAAAGGCAAUCAAAGAAGAGGAAUUGCAUGCGGAAGUCUGCUAUGCUGAGUGUUUGAUCUUGAAAUCCACUAUAACAUUUAUACAGGAUGACAGUGUGCUUAGUUUUCUUAAAAGUGGGAUCAGUGUUGGGUUAAGUUAUCAAAUAUACAAAGACUGUCAACAAGUGUUAACACAGAUACCUAACAACCAAAGCAAAACCCACAGACAUCUGGUUGGAGGAAUAAAAUUUGGACUUGGAGCAUUCAAUCUGAUAUUAUCACUUGUGCCACCAAAGACACUCAAACUACUCAAUGUUGUUGGCUAUUCUGGUGAUAGAGAGGUAGGCUUGGCUUUGCUUCAUGAGAGUGCAUCUGAAUCCCAUUUAAAUAAUAUCUUAAGUGUUGUGACUCUGCUCUUUUAUUACAAUUAUAUCUAUGUAGCUUUUGGUGUUGAAAAGGGUCACAAUUCUGCUAUAGAAGAUCUCUUCCUAAUCUACCUUCAGAAAUUUCCAAAGUGUGUCAUACUUAAAUUUUUUCAUGCACGUUUUACUAUGCUGAAAGGAAAUUUGGAGAAUGCACAGUUAAUAUUAGAGGAGAGCAUUUUUAUUCAAAAUGAAUGGAAACAGAUUCAUCACCUCUGUUACUGGGAACUCAUGUGGUGCCACAUUUUUCUGCAGGAUUGGAAGCAGGCUUACCGCUAUGCAGAUCUACUGUUUCAGAACAGCAGGUGGUCCAAGACAAUAUAUUUGUACAGUAAAGCUAUACUACUGGCCUUGCUUCCGUCUGAUUUUGUGAAAUUGGUAAGUGAGGAUAUGAACUCUCUCUUCAUAAAAGUGGAUAGCCUGAAAGUCAAAAUUUUAGGAACUUCUGUACCAAUAGAAAAGUUUGUUGCUGACAAGGGUCAGCGCUAUGGUACUACCACAGGCUGGUUUACAGCACAGCCCAUCCUGGAAUUCAUUUAUGCCUGGAGCGGUUUCCGAGUCAUAAGCAAAAAACUAGGCCUUAUCAGAAGCUGGCUUUCAAUAAUUGACAAAGGAGAAGAACUUUUACGAGAAAAUCCAAAUAAAGAGUAUGGCACAGAUGACAUAAGUUUGUUAAAUCUACUGAAAGGUCUAUGUCUGAAACACUUAGGGAAAUAUUCAAUGGCUGAACAGUACUUUAAUCGUGUCAUUCAAAAGGAGAAAUUGUUAAAAUAUGACCACUAUUUGGUGCCGUAUACUUACUAUGAACUGGGAAUUCUAUACUAUCUCAAAGGAGAUAAUGCUAAUGCAACAAAAAGCCUAGACAACAUAAAAAACUACAAAGACUAUUCCAUGGAAGCCCGAUUACAGUUUAGGGUUCACAUAGCCCUUGAACAAAUAGCUAAAGGAAAGUGAUUUAGACACAAAAUGUGGUUUUGUUUAUUAUGAGUGAAGUAUCUACAGUCAGCAAGGUAAUUAACAGGUAGGAAAAUCAUUUCUUUGUGGAAGAAAUCCAAGAAGAGGCAGCUGCUAAGAAUCUGACCAGGAACAAGUAGGAAAGGAAUGGGCCAUUACUUUUCCCUCUUUCC